AGAAACACAUUUCUUAGUGAGUGAUUAGCAGCAUCCGGUUUUGUUCAACUUGGCAGCCCCAGCAACCACCAACUCACAUGGGAACAUGAGCUCAAAGGAUAUUUCACCGCAGCUUCGUCGUGCUCGUAAUGAGUAAAGUUACAUCGGAGCAGCGCAUCCAUCAUACAUAGGAUUUUUAUAGCAGAGAAUGUUUCCAUAGCAAUGGGAAAAGCCGCGCGACGGUCCGUUGCGUCAGAUCCGUCGUCGCCGACCUUAUCCUUUUUGCAACGCUACUCUUCAACCGACCCCGCCGCCGCCACGUCAUCAACUGACGCAAAACGCACAUCCUCGCCCUUCUCGAGUUCACCCUUCUUCUUCAGCAGCAACAGCUCUCCAGCAUCCAGCAGUCCGUACCGAUCGCCACGGUCAUCGUCGGCGGAGGGACAGCCACAGACCACUUCCGGCGAUUCCAGCAGCAGCAGCAGCAGCAGUUCGGACUACUCCGACGAGCAUCCCUUGUUCGAACCCGAGGCCUACACGCCAUCGCCGCCGUUGGGCACCAGGCCGGAGCAGACCACACCGAAAUUCGGACUCAUCAGUUCAACUAGUAGUAGCGAAAGUAGUUCUUUAGACACCAUCAGCUUAGCUAGCAGUAGUUCUACAGCGACAACAACUAGUACUCAAGCUCCGACUGCAACUAGUAGAACACCAUCAACUUCCGUCACCACUCCGACUACUCUUCUAACGACUGCUGCUAGUAUUAGACCUUCUUCUACCACUUCGACUGCCUCAACCACUAUCGCUGCUGUUGCCACACUCAAACCUACGGAAGUCACUCCACCGUCGACUACUGCGAGUCCUGCUAGCACAGGUUCUCCCGGCACCAGUUCCACUCCCUCACUCUCACUGCCCUCGUCUCGUCUCUGCAGCAACCAGACGCAGGCCGACCGGGACCGGGAACGGCUCAGGAUGGAGUUCUACGCGACGUACGACGUGAUGACCGGCGUCCGGAUCGCCGCCACGCUCGGUGGCUUCUUUGGCCUUAUGGUGUUCCUGGUGAUCUACAAGAGCCGCAGCCGGUCCACGACCAAGGCGCUCAAGGAUCCCACGAUAGCGGCAGUGGCCGCGGCCGUCAUCCAGGAAGAGGAGGAACGUGAACUGCAGGAAGCGAUCGAAGCGACGGCCUUUUCCCUCCUCCAAGAGGAACUCCACAUAAACUUCCCGGGCCUGAAACGCGACCGGUUGAUGUCGCUCGGGAACGUGAGUGCGCCGCCGAUGCUGAACCGACCGCACCGAUUCUCGUCGGUUGGUGGCGGCGGGUACAGCAGCCUGUUGAACCCGCCGCCCCGUCGAUACUCGUACGCCAGCAGCCGGGGCCAUCGGAACAGUGUGUCGGUGUCGUCGCGCGUCCUCAGUGCCAUGGGCGAGAGCUUCGGGCAGGACGAUUAUUUUUUAGAGAGCGACGGCGAGGAAGCUGACGACGAGUUCGACCAGUUUACGACGACGGCGGACGUGGGCUACCCGCCGGGGAACUUUCUGGCUGUGCCGGGACGGGGGACGGAGUCCCGCCGCAGCAGCGCGAUGACCUGCUGCAGCACGGAGAGUUCCUUCCUGGAGCGACGCUGCUCGGCCAUCACGCUGGGUUUGUCCUCGCUGUCGCGAUCUCCGUCGCGCCAACAGAGCCGUGACGAUCCCCGAAGUAACGGCGGACCGUACUGUGGCGGCGGAACGGCUUCUGCGGCGGCCUCGGCUGCGGGGGCGACCUGCGCCGACUGGGACGCGUUCUACCCGGGCAUCAACAUCAUCGAGGCAACGCCGAAGAGUUCACCGUGUCCAAGCGAGAGAGUGGCGCACCGUGGGACGACGACUGCGACGACGACGACGGGUAGUUUGUGUGCGAGGGAGUUGUUUAGUGGGAUUGGGGGAAGUGGGAGUAGUAGAAGGCACCAGUAUCAGCUGUACGACGAGAGUUCGAUCGACUGCAUAUCGGAGUAUCCGGUGGAGACGGAUGUCGAGUUGGGACAGGUGAGGUCGCUGAGGCAUAAGAACUAUCACAGCAGUAGCAGCAGGGUGGACGAGGUUAGUAUAGCGAACCAUCGGAAUCCGGUGGCGGUGGGGAUUGUGGGGGUGGCCAGCGGUUCCGGAGUUCGGCGUGCCCCGUUGGCGUCGCUAAGUUCCUUCAAGAUGUCGUCGGCAGAUGGUCCCGACAGUGACCAGCGGAGUUGCGGGUCGGACUCGGUGUUUGACGAGAGCUGUGCGGACACCGACGAAGAUCUGCAGCAGUUCAGCACGGACAGCGACGAGCUGAGUAUUCCAGAUGACGAGGAGGAGGAGGUUCAGCAGGUUCAGCGUUCCAGGCCGGCGGUGGCCGGUCCUAGCAAUCAGCAGCAGCAGCAGACAGGUGCUAGCAGUAGCAGUGGUGGUGGUGGUGGAGUUCGUGCCAGUGAUAGUAUUUAUGUCGAUAUCGAAAAACCAAAUGAUACUAGUUGUUUAAGUAGUCUUUCAAAUAGAUCGAAGCUGAAACCGGACAACAGCCGGGGCAACAACCUAGUGACUAGAAUCGAAACCAAAGCAAUCAUCGAAAGACAGCAACAAAAUGACAGCAGCAGCAACAGCCGGGACCGGUCACCGUCCCCGCGGUCCACCGCGACGACGGUGGUCAAUCCCCCUAGCAGUGUCAGCUCUAGCGCCGCCACCACCAUCGCCGUUAGUCAUAACAGUAAGGACAACAAUAACACUAGCACUAGCAGUAAAAACAGCAAACAUCACCACACUAGCAGUAAGAGCAAAAACGACGAUAAUAGCAAUCAAAAGCAGGUCGAACGCGACCCGGACACUAAUAAUAAAUGCGUUGAAGUUAAUGUUAUAAUUAAAAACCAUAGCCAGCAUCACCACCACAUCAAAAGCCCCUCUGUGAUUCUCGAGCUCCCGAUACUGACGAUCGACGAGGACAGCUCGCAGUCGCCGCUGUCGCCGGUGGAUCCGUGCGUGCCCGGUCCCUCGCGGAAGUGGUCCAAGGAGACGCUGUUCUAGUUGCGACUGUUUGUUACUGUUACACACUGUUGUUGACGACCCCCGCCCCUCUAGAGAA